AGCGGAAGCCAUUGCUAAAGCUCUGGAGCACCACCCAGAACUGAAGAUUGCAAAGUUCUCAGAUAUGUUCACAGGCAGAAUGAAGACUGAGAUACCACCAGCUUUGAAAGCUCUCGGUGAUGGUAUGAUCACAGCUGGUGCACGGCUCGAAGUACUGGAUCUUAGUGAUAAUGCUUUCGGACCUAUUGGUGUAGAAGGACUUGCGAAACUCCUGGAGAGUGAGGUCUGCAGUCAAUUACAGGAGCUUCGUUUAAACAACAACGGUCUCGGUAUAACUGGUGGUAGACUUCUAGCUCGCGCUCUCUCUCACACGCAUCGUCCGUUGCGCGUGUUCAUAGCGGGCAGGAACAGGUUAGAGAACGAAGGUGCUAAAGCGCUAGCUGCUGUGUUCACUGAUAUGGGUACGUUAGAAGAGGUGGCGAUGCCCCAGAACGGUAUAUACCACGUUGGUAUAUCAGCUCUGUCGGAGGCGUUCAAACAGAACCCGAGACUGAGCUGUCUAAAUCUCAAUGAUAACACCAUUGGACAUAAAGGAGCUGAAGCUAUAGCCGCCGCAUUACCAUGCCUAAAGAAUCUAAAGUCGAUCAACUUUGGCGAUUGCUUAUUAAAAAGUAAAGGUGCGAAAGCUUUGGCCAAAGCGUUUCACGACAAUCUGCAGAUGUUAGAAUGUCUGGAUAUGAGUCACAACGAAAUAGGACGUGACGCUUGUAUGGAACUGGUUGAUAGCAUUAGGAGUGCACCGAAUAGUUCCGAGAGAUUGGCGAGAGUUGUGUUAGCAGGCAACAGUUUGGGAAGUGCGUCAAAUAAGAAGUCGAUGAAGGACAAGUUGGGCGCUUGCGCUGAAUUAUCGGACGGAGAAGGGAGCGAAGACGAGUACGCCACAGAUUCCGAUGAGGAGGAGGUAGAUGAUGAUGAUAAGAGCGAUGAAGACUCAGAAGUCGAUGAAGACGAUGAUUUGAAUCACACACAGAUAGACACAGCCGCUGUUAUAGGGAGGGAUGUUACACUGGAUAAUUCGGGUGUGGAAGAAAUCGAGACAGACGUGGGCAGAUUCCUCCGGGAGCCCACCGUCGAGAACUUGGACAAGUUGGGGGCAAACGCGGCGCAAGUUAUAGACGCACAUUUACAGUGUAUAAAGAAUCCAGAGGAAUCUAUACAAGCGUACGUGGAGGCAACGUUCUGCGUAUCGGGCCUGUCUACCAGCAGCGAGAUGGCGGGAUUGGUGUCUGGGCGUUUAUAUCCCAUCAUGUUGGAGCGAGCGGGACAGCAUCACGCCGCCACGUGGCUACUGGCCAACACGAUGCUUAGGGGGCUCGGAUUAAUCAAGAGUGAAAACAAAGAGUACAAGAUCCGCUGGUCCCUCCCCGGCUGCUAUUCGUGUCUGUGCGAUGUGAUAGCCAGUGAACGGUUCCCUCACGCUGUACGCGAUACGCUGAAGUUCUUCAUCACCUCGAAACUAGCACAGAUGCCGCCGGAAACGGCAAGAGUGGUGAAGCAAUGUGACGCGCUGAUUUCAUAAUGUAUUAAAUUAUCGCUUGA